CGUAUCUUCAGUCGACCGUCACGUGAGCCAACCCGGAAAUACUCUACUACUACAACAGGAACACUACGAGCUAUGAGUAGCGUUAGCUAAUGCUGGCUUAUCACCUAAAUCACAUGGUUUGAUUGUUUUUAGAGAUUCAAAGUGCGUCGGAAGACGAGCGACACUCAUUUCCGUGCAACAACAAAAGUCUCUGUGAAUCUUUAAAAAGUGUCUCUAGUAGACGAUAUUCUCCUCCUGUUGGCUAGUGUUAACCACUACAACAAUGAGUCUGGCGGUAGCCCGAGAACCCCGCAACACUGCGGGGAACCGCAUGUCCAAACUCCUCGAUGCUGAAGAGGAGGACGACUUCUACAAGACUACCUAUGGCGGGUUCAAUGACGAAUCGGGGGAUGACGAGUACCACGGCGAGCACUCGGACACGGAGGACGAGGUGGACAGCGACUUCGACAUCGACGAGGGAGACGAGCCCGACAGCGACCAGGAGGACGCGGCGCCGCGCAAGAAGAUGCGAGUCGUCACUAAAGCCUAUAAGGAACCCAUUAAGGUUGCGAAGCCCAAGCCCAAGAAACCGGCAGAGGAACAGAAGAAGACAGAGAAAACCAAAGUAGAACUGAAGAGGAAGAUACCAGUGGAGUUCGAAGACUUUGCGGAGACCCGUAAGUCCGUGCGCCAGUCCACCAGCGAGCACACGCGCAAGACCAACCUGCGGCUGCAGGAGCGCCAGGAUGCCCCGCGGCGGAGGAGGGGGGCUCACCGAGACCGCCCUCUGACCCAGGACGAGCUGCUGGCCGAGGCCAAGAUCACGGCGGAGGUCAACAUCCGCUCGCUAGAGAACUACGAACGGCUGGAGGCGGACAAGAAGAAGCACGUGCACAAGAAGCGGCGCUUCGACGGCCCCACCAUCCGCUACCACUCGGUGCUCAUGCCCCUGGUGUCCCACUCGCUCCUGAGGGAGGAGAAUGUGGACGUGGAAGGCCUGGACCAGGACGUCCCCGCGACCACCUCUGCCGCCCACCCCGCCUCCACCUCGACCACGCCCACCCCCCCGGGGGGGCUCUGCUCGCGGACGUACAUCACCUUCAGCGACGACGACGCGCUGGAGACAGCCUUCCCCGCCGCGGCGCAGGCCUCGGCGCUGCCGCCCGUCCAGGAGGUGUGCCCUGUGACGCACAAGGCGGCGCUGUACCGCGACCCCGUCACCGACAUCCCCUACGCCAACGCCCGCGCCUUCCGCAUCAUCCGCGAGGCCUACCGCAAGUACGUGGCGGCGCACGGCUUCCCCAACCCCGGGGCCGUCGGCGCAGCGACGGGGCUCGAGCCCUCGGCCGCCGCCAAGGGCGUCCGGCAGAAGAUGGCGGUCAAGCAGGGCGCCGUGGCGACAUAGGAGCGGUCGCCAUGGCGACAGAGGCGAGGUCGUCGCGGUGACCUAGGCGUGGUCGGACGCGACGGUGGUAUUUUCAUGUUUCUUUUGUUUUUGUUUUGUGUGUUUUUCUACCUGGGGUGGGGGGGAAACAAGACAUUAAAUGGACGGACUAUAUCGCAGGGGCAGAAGGGUAAGACGUUGUCCUUAUUGGCGUUUCGUGGCCGAGUUCCCUGGAACUCAGCCACGACGGGAUGCUCAGGAUGCUCAUGGAGUGGAUGAGCAUCCUGUCAACUUCCUAUCGGGGAACUAAUGCUUCCAUUGACUUUCAAAUGUUAUGAAUAAAACAAACGUAAUAUUGAGGUCAAAGGCGCAUGUUUUUUAGGGUGCACUCACACUAGGCCAUCUGGCCGUGGCCGUUGGCCGUUUUCACACCUAACCGUGCUCAAAUGGCCCCUUUGUUCUCUGGCCUGCACUCACACUAGGCCAUCUGGCCAUGGCCGUUGGCCAUCGCACUCGCAACUGUGGCCUGGUCACGGUAGGCUCUUGUACAUACGUCAUCACGUCGUAAGUAACGCGUCAUCACCAAGCGUCCGCUGCAUGGACCAUAAUAAAGUCUGCCGCCAGUCAGAGUUUUAACAACAAUGGACAACAAAACAGAGAACACAGUUCGCACUUUGCUGAGUCUGUUGCUUAUUUGGAUAUAUGUUUACCGUUUAAUGGGAAAGAAGGCUCGUCGCCGUUAUUAUGUCCGUGGUCGUCGCAUGGACUAUACGUCAUCCAGCUCAGGUUGCGUAGCCGUGCGUGUCGGCUCAUUAGCAUCUGUACCGUAGCGGCCCGGACCGUAGCAGCAGACCUCUCCCAAGUGGCCAAAUUGGCCUUGCCUGGCCAGACUGGCCACACUCACACUGGCAGAUUUGAGCAAGGUUAGGGGUGAAAACGGCCACGGCCAGAUGGCCUAGUGUGAGUGCACCCUUAUCCCGCUAUUGCUCAUGGAAUAAUACUUUUGUCAGAAGAAAGAAAUCUGAAAUAAAUGACAUUUCAAUUAACAGAAUCCAUUUUAAUUAUGGCCCAUUUUCACAACAACCACAAAACAAGUGUGGCUGAAUCCUACUUAGUCAUUGUCACUAUCAUCACAUUCUUUUAACAGUUCUUAGGAAAGGGAGGUAUACAAUAAUAUAAAUACUUAACACACAAAGGAUGGUUUGUUAGAGGUUCUGCAUAUUUCUCUCUCUCUAGUUGGGCUUGGCUUGGCUGUCUUUUACAGCUUGUUCCUCAUUCAUCAAAGGAAUUAAAUAACCAAACAAAAAACGUACAUCAACACGCCGUGAUGAAGGCCAGGGAUUUAUUACCCAGCCGUUGUGUUUGUGAAGACAGAAUGCUGCUGAAUAAACGCUGGUGCUUCUGAAGUUGCUGAUGUAUGUGCUUGCGCAUCAUAAAGCCAAGGGUGACGCAAAAAACAACCGAAAAAGACCUGCAGAGAACCGCCGGAGCUAAGCAGAUUUCAGACGGCUCGUUCAUUAGUCAAAAUCACAGCUAAGCUUGUCAUUGGCAUUUAAGCUUUUCAUAAUUAUCUAUGCACCCUUGUUUUUUUUAUUUAUCCAAAUGCCUUUUAGUGCUCUGAAGGAUCUUUUUUGCAUUCCUUUUCGUUCACGAGAACCAACAAUUUGUGAUGUGAGACUUCCCGAGGCCCGGACGUAAUAUUUGAAAUGAGUUAUUGAAUUGUUUGUUCGAAUUUUGUAAAUGCUUUUCCAUUGAACCUAUUUCGCUGUGCAUCGACUUAUUUUUAAACUCCUGCGGAGCUUCUUGAAGACCGAUCUCGUUCCUUCUCAAGGCUUCCUCGUUUUCUCCCCCGCAGAGAAGGCGUUGUUUGGCCGUGCCGCAUAUUUAGCUAUGCUCCAUAUAUAUUUUUUUACCCAGUGAUUGGGAAAAAGGUGGAACUACGGCCAGUACCUUGGGGCUGCAUUUAACUUGUAUUUUUAAAUAUUCCACCUUCUCAAAUGAUGUAAUUGAAAACAUUUCAGUAUAGUACACACACACACACACACACACACACACACACACACACACACACACACACACACACACACACACACACACACACACACUCUCUACUAUGUACUCGUUUAAUGCCACAGCUUUCAGACCAGGAAGGGAAGACUGUGUGAUUGUAUCCUCACUUGUUCUAGUAUGGUAGUUGCCAUGGUGAUGCGUGUAGGUGGUGUAGUCCGUGCUGUACUCUGCGCUGUACACCCCCCCUCCGCCCCCCUUCAUCUCCCUCUCCCUAGCGCUCUCCCUCUCUUGCCUAUACUCUGACCAUGUAGGCCUACUCCAUCAUACAUCGCCCUGCAUAGUUAUUGCGGACCUUUUUAAUGACAUCGUGUGAUCAUUGACUUCAUUGUUUUGCACCAGUCUCUGCGAUGUCGGUCGUUUCAUUGCUUAAUCUCCCCCUGUUAUUAGUCCCUCUGUUAUUUCAUCAGUUUCCAUGGCGAUGGGCUUGCGAGUGAGUGAACGGGUGAAUGAGUGAGAUUGAUGGAGAAGGCAGAACAUCUGGUAUAGUCUCUUGUUUUAUUGUGUGGUCUGCAGUAGGCCUACCGAAUCCCAUGUUGGUUUUUUUUCUCCAAAUGUGAGAAUCUCAUGCUGUGAUUUGAUGGGCCUCUGCAGCAGAAAUUUAACUUGUGCAUAAAAACAAUACACAGGCCAACCUGCAUUUGAUUGCACAAAAAAUACUUUGAAUCUAGAAAGGAUGUUUUUGAGUCUGAAUUUUGUUGAUUUGCUGAAUUUCAGGGAUUUCACAUUUGUGUCAUUAAAACACAGUAUUUAUAUACAGCCCUGGCUGCCGGCUUUUGGAAACAAAUGAAUAAAAUUGCCUUUUCAAAACUAAUCAGAACUCGAUUACCAUCACCAUAUAGCUCUUUUUACCCCCACCCUGCAAGGUUUUCUUUCCUUGGCUCUCGACAAACUGAUAAGAAGUGCACGGUGCCGUGGUACGGAGGCGUUGGUUUCCGUUUAACGCUCAUCUCCGCCCUUGAGGGAGCGACUUCGAGCUCUGCCGAGCGUCUUGUUCGCAGAUCCAUACACAACCACAGAUAGCCCCCCAAAAACGAGCUGCGAUGGCCAA